AUGGCUGAACUAGCUGAGUGCCCCAAGCCUUCUUUCUGGGCUGUCUUCAUGGCACUGGCUGAACAAUCUGUCUGGUAUGUUUCCAUUGUGCCCAGAAGAGAAUCAUUCAUGUCCAAGACAUUCAUCAUGCUAAUUACUGAUCCCUCCGAGUUCAGCAACAAAGAAUUUGCGGAGACAGUUGCCGCACUCACUAUCGAGAGUAAAAUGUCUCCACUUCCAUUUGAGCCUUCACAAGUCAUCACUAUGGUACUCGGAUUCAUGGUACUAAUGCAAGCAUCUCUUUUCUCGAGUCCAUCCAAUCUUCUGUGGUUGAUGUCAACCGUCUGUUCAAUCUUUUACAAGUUCAUCUUGGAACCUUACAUUACGUUCUAUAGACUCGUCGGUCCCGGGCAACUAUCUUAUCUCGCCUUCGAAACAUUCGCCAUCUUCCUUUUCAUCGCUUUCUAUUUUCUAUACCGUGGUUCUAUUGCAGGCUUAGGAUGCGUGGUCAAGUUUCACCAACUCAGAGAAGCUCAAAGUAUCGCUGGCAUCGGGAAUAUUUCUCCAGAUUGUCAACUUAAAGAAUGCACCAUCUAUCUCUCGGCAUGGUUGUAA